AAAGCCUGGUCUGCCUGGCCUAUUUCCACCCGUAAUAGCGGUGGAGGUCUAAACAGGCUCUAACAGAAUCUCCUCCUCCCCUUCUCUUUGGCAAACCUCCGCUCAGACCCAGCUCUUCCACCGCUGCUCCGUCUCUCAUCUUUGUGUUAUAUGAUCUUUGGAUCGCUCUGGUUUGGUAUUAUAUCCUUUUUGGAAUCCAAAAACAGGAUCGAGUUGCUCUCUUAGAAGGUUUUUCCUUCCCAAGGGCGAAUCCAGAGAACUGCGCAGCCGAUGGAGAGAGUAGCGGCCGAUUCCCGCGGCAGCAGCAGCACCGCUGCCGUUCAAGCGACCAACGACGACGCUGCCGCCAGCAAGCUGUCCUGUGUGAAUAAAGGAUACAUGAAGGAUGAAUAUGUUCACUUGUUUGUUAGAAGACCUGUAAAAAGAGCGCCCAUAAUCAACCGUGGGUACUAUUCUCGUUGGGUUGCUCUCCGGAAGCUCCUUCUUCAGUUUCUCAAGUCCAAGAGACAGAGCAAUGGCAACAUUCAGACAAAGAAACAGAUUUUGUCUCUUGGAGCUGGCUUUGAUACAACCUACUUUCAGUUGGUGGAUGAAGGGAUUGCACCACACCUUUAUGUUGAAGUGGAUUUUAAGGAGGUAACCAGUAAAAAGGCCGCUCUCAUAGAACACUAUAGCCAAUUAAAAGACAAAGUUGGACCAGAAGCAUCCAUUUCAAGAGAAAGAGGUGAAGUGUUAAGUGAUCAUUACAAGCUACUGCCAGCUGAUAUACGUGAUAUUCAAAAACUAGAUAGCAUCAUAGGUCUGGCUCACUUUGAUCCCAGCCUGCCAACAUUUAUAAUUGCAGAGUGCGUUUUAAUAUACUUGGAUCCAGAUUCGACCAAUGCUAUUGUUGGAUGGGCUGCCAAAAAAUUCUCAACUGCAGUAUUUUUCUUAUAUGAGCAGAUCCAUCCUGAUGAUGCUUUUGGAGAGCAAAUGAUAAAAAAUCUUGAGAGUCGAGGAUGCCCUCUCCUUGGUAUACAUGCUACACCGACUUUACAAUCUAAGGAAAAACUCUUUCUUGAUCAUGGAUGGCAGAGGGCUGUUUCAUGGGAUAUGCUGCAGAUAUAUAAUGAAUUUAUCGAAAUUCAAGAAAAACACAGGAUUGAACGGUUAGAGCUGUUUGAUGAGUUUGAAGAGUGGUACAUGAUGCAGGAACAUUACUGUGUGGCUUGCGCAAUUAAUGAUACUGAGGGCCUGUUUAAUGAUUUUGGAUUCUCCAAGGACCCGCAUAUUAGCAGCAAAUCUGAGAAGCUUCAUCCUAAGCAGAUCAAGGAAUAACCAUUGUUAAUUGGAAGAAUUAUGAUUAUGACUUAAUUGUUGGUUGGUUGUUUAGUUUGAUGGUAGUUGGUAAAUAUGUCAUUUACCUCUCCCCUACCACCCCCCACCCCCCCGCCCCCAACCCACCACACCCAAAAAAAGGUAAUUCAUCUAGAAUGUAUGAUAUGAAGUCCCAUGCAUAUGCUGGUGGCAUGAUAGUUUUCUGCAGUGCACAGUUUGUCAUUGAAGAAACAUGUCUUUUGGUCACCAUCCAAGACUAUGUUUUGGAAUAUUGAAAUUGUGUUAUGCUUUUAUGAAAUCUCCUUUUUUGGGGGAUCAGUUGGCAAUUUAAAGUGGACCGCUCCUUUUCUUUU